UUACACGCAGCCAUUAAUUAAUCAAAAACGAAUUCAACCUACAAUCGAUAUUUUAAUCAGAAGACAACAUACCAAUGGCGGAUAUUCAUAUUUUGAAGGUAUUUAUGGUUACUGUUGGAUGGAAUUGAUAAAUCCUUCAGAAUUUUUUGAAAAUACCUUUAUUGAACAUACUUACAUUAAAUAUACAAGUUCUGUUAUAACUGCUUUAAGAAUAUUUUCUAAUUUUGAUUUCGUAAAUCAUUAUGUUGAUGAUAUUAAGUUUUUAUUGUAG